UAAACACCCCCUUUUAUCGACGACUUGGGCCAUUGCCCCCGAUUCAAGCUCGCCUCGAAUUACUCGUCCAGCGGCAAAAUCCCAGUAAUCACUGUUCACCGUCAAUCACCAUCUCCAUCAUGGCUGAACGGAUUUUAAUGAACGAGUUCAAGGCUCUCUCUCAAGAGCCGUGGGUCAACGUUGAGCUUCAAAACGACGACAUCUUCAGAUGGACGAUCGGGCUUAUCGUGCUGAAUCCAGAUUCGUUAUUUUACGGAGGUUACUUCAAGGCAUCCAUGAAGUUUCCAACGAACUACCCGUAUUCGCCACCGGAGUUCCGCUUUCACCGACCCCUCUAUCACCCGAACAUCUACACCGACGGCAAGCUCUGCAUCUCCAUCCUCCACUCGCCCGGCGAAGAUGAAAUGUCCGGUGAACUCGCGUCUGAACGCUGGUCGCCCGCCCAACGCGUUGAGUCCGUACUGAUUUCUAUACUUUCCCUUCUCGACGACGCGGAAGUCUCCUCGCCGGCCAACGUAGACGCUUCGGUUCUCCUCCGCAAGGAUUUUGAAGCCUACAAAGAACGUGUACGAAAGUGCGUGGAGGAUUCGAAGGCUGACAUUCCCGAGGGAUUCGAAAUGCCGACACACGAGAGCACGAUCAGGAGUGCCCCGAAGCAGGUGAAGGACGAUGACUCGGACUUUUGGGCCGAGAGUGACGUGGACGAUGAUAUGUUUGGAGGGAGUGGAAGUGACCAGGAGGAGGUUGACUCGGAUGCGUUUGAGCAGGGCGAUGACUCGAUGAGUGAUGACGAGUGAGCUUUCUCUUCGAGACUUACAUGGAGAGAAGUCGAAGACGGGCCAGGAACUCACGUUCGUGAGUUUUU